GUGAGCAGGACGGCGCUCUGGACUGGUCGAGUUGUGGCUCUGGCCGGCUCCCCGAGAAGGCGCUCCAGUCCCGCCACCACCGGCGUUGGGAUUUGUGGUGUUAUGGUUAAUAGGGCUGGCAAAACAGCGUAGGAGGAAUCGCAGCGGUUGGACGGUGUAUCCACUCCAGCGAAAACAUUGGUCAGAUUAGGAAAGCUUGACUAAAUUACAGGAGGCAGCUGUUCUCCUUCAGCGGGCGGGAAUUCAACGGCUGCCUUUAUAUAGCGGGAGUGGGCAACUUUCCACAUCAUUCCUCGCUGUUGUCUCUACCGGUUGGAUCUGAUGAGAAACCCUAAUCCAACAGUACCUAGAAGAUGAAAAAUGUUCUGCUUAUCCUUCAGCUGUCGUUAUGUAGCUGUGCUAGUAUGGUUCCCCCCAGGUGUUCACUAUGCCCACCAGAAAAGCAUUUAGUGACCAUUAGUAUUGCUCUUGUCUUUUCAUCCUAUUGAGGACUGUAUUCCUUUUUGUAAACUAUCAUGGGACUUUUACUGAAUCAUGGUAUAGAAAAAUUUUAAAUACAUACAUUCGUAUCAGCCAUGUUGUGAAUCCUCUCCCAGGCCGUUGGCUAUGCUGCCUGGCUGAUGUGGCCAAAACAUUUGGAGAACAAGUUGUGGGAUGACUGAAAUAGGUUGACUCCCCCUUGAGGUGUUUCUUGUACAUAUGCCUGAUUAUCAAAGUGACAGACCCUAGCUCCAGCAACACAAUCCACAAGGAUGUUUUAUCUAAAACUAAUAAUACGAAUGGUUUUUCACUUGCAAUUUAUAAAUAGGGCUAUACAUUAUGUUUGCAUGCAGUAAGUUGUAAAACUAGUGUGUAUUACACACAGUUUGCAAUACCAGCUUGCAUUUUUGGUAAGGGUAGUCAAAUUUGCUAGCUAUUAUGUCUCAAAUUGCUUAUGAGGUCUGUCAACACCUGACUUCCCAAUUUUGGUCAAGAGGUAGGCUGUCUGGAGCUCUAAACAGAGCAUAUGAAAAUAUUAGUCAAAUAGAGGCUGUCUGGUUAAAAGAUUCUCAUUUUCUAAUUCCAGCAAAUUAGUCCAUUCUCAAAAUGGAAAUACCUGUAAACAAAUCUGCCUCAUUAUGCUCCACUCCAGAGAACUGUGAGAUGUCUACUAAAAGCAGUAGCAGCUCAUCAGGAAAACAGCAAAUGAGUGCAAGUCUUCGAGAACGCUUAAAGAAAGCAAGACGGUCCUUUAAUCCAAUUUUUAUGGUACCAAAGCGUCUCAAAAUAGAGGAAGACAAUAGCUCCAGUGAUUGUGAACACAGGACUUUGCCUAAAGGAGAACCAUAUUCCACAUUACAAGAUGAGGGGAAACACUUGGAAAAAGUUAGUGAUGGAACCAUGUGUUUGAAUAGUGCUAUACCUGAGAAAGAGCCCUGUACAUUUGAAUAUAGUGAAUGUAAUAAAACAACACAGAAUUCUUCAGAAAUGUUGUUAGAAACAGAUUGCAGGCAAAGGAAACUAUUGGAGGAAAAAAUGACUUUAGUAAAGCAGAUUCAGGAAAAGGAAGAUCUUCUUCGAAGACUUAAACUAGUAAAGAUGUACAGAUCAAAGAAUAACCCAACAGAGUUGCAGUCCCUGAUAUCAAAAUGGCGAAGAAGUUCCCAAGCAUUGCUGUAUGAGCUACAAUCAGCCUUAUCCACAGAUAACAAAAAAUUACGCCUUACUCAACUGAUAGAUAAUUUUGGACUAGAUGACAAACUUUUACAUUAUAUUAGAACAGAAGAAGACUUUACAGAUGCAUGAUACAAGUGUUUUAAAAACACAUCUGGCUUUUGAACUGCAUCAUCAGUCUGUAAAAACCAUGUAAUUCUUGCGGGAAAAAAAUAAUUUAGGGGUGGAAAUAACCCUUUUGCUGACUUGUAUGGCAAAAUUGUUCUUUAAAAUAAUGGAAAAGGACAGUGGGCUACAUUGUUUUGCAUUUCCUGGUGUUUGUGGUAACUAGGUCUGUGUGGAUCCCUACAGGUUGUAACAAAUGAAACUGCUUUUGCUUUUAGUCUAUGAAUAUGCAAAUUUUAUUCUUCUAAUAAAGGAAUUAAUCUUUGAACCAGUAAA